GUAACGAAUCUCGAGAGUCGGCAAUAUGGCCGGCCAGAUGUGCAGUAGCAGGGUGUCACGGUGGUGUUAGUGCCGCGCGUUAUUUAUGUCGAACUACCGAAAGUCUUGUCCGAAUCUCGCGUGUUUUCAUGGGAUCGGUGAUAUACUUUGUAGAAGCAGGAAUAACGCUUGCACGAGGGCAUAGCACACGCUUCCCGGCCAAGCAAAUAUGAACGAAGUGAGCAUAUCAUCCGCUCGGGCGGCGGUGAUGGUCUACGACGACGUCAACAAAAAAUGGAUACCGAGUGGUACCUCGGCAGGACUUUCCAAGGUCCAGCUAUAUCACCAUCAGGUGAACAACACCUUCCGCGUCGUUGGGAGAAAGUUACAGGAUCACGAGAUCGUUAUCAAUUGCGCCAUCCUUAAAGGACUGAAAUAUAAUCAAGCAACGGUCACGUUCCAUCAAUGGAGAGACAACAAGCAGGUUUACGGACUGAAUUUUUCUAGUAAGGACGAUGCCGACGCUUUUGCGAGUGCUAUGCUUCAAGCUCUUGACGUGCUAAGCAACGGAAGCAACAUAUCAAGAAGUCUGGGUCCGGCAGUCGCACCGACGACUCAGCAGCAACCUGUUUAUCAGCAGCAGCAGCAGCAACUGCAACAGCAGCAACAACAGCAACAACAGCAGCAGCAACAACAGCAACAGUCGCAGCAACAACAACAGCCGCAGCAGCAGCUGGCGAACGCUCAAUACGAGGAGGACAUGGGAUACAGUCAAGGUCAUAGCGCGCGAGUCUCCUUGUCUUUGGGCCAUCUUCCUGCCGGGGGCCAAACGGGUCUCUCCGUCGGGCCCCCGACACCAACCCCCAGUCAUCAUCCAUCCGUUAGUAGCGCCGUCACCACCGUCAUUCAGGUGGGCUGUUCGCGUGGCUCACCGGCCGAGGGACUCACGAGGACUAUGACCAGAGAAGACGUGGCGAUCAUUCAGGAGCGCAGAAUGUCCCAACAGAGUCAAGCAACGAACAGUCCGAGCGCCAUUUCACCGAGCUGCCCGCCAACGACGCAACAGCAGCAGCAGCAGCAGCAGCAACAGCAGCAACAGCAACAAUCGGGUCAUCACAGAACGUCGUCCGCACCGCCGGCGCCGCAACCUCAACAGCAGCAACAGGCCGCUCAACAGCAGACGCAACCGCAACAGCAGCCGGCGAUUCAGGGGAUGCAAGGACCGAUAGUCUCUUCGACCGGUCCUUUAUCCGCUGGCGGAGGUGGACCUCCGGUACCACCGCCGCAACCACCCGCGGCGCCACCCGCUCCUCCGUGUCCGCCGUCUAUGAUAAACUUCAAUGCACCCGUACCGCCGCCCCCGAUGAUGAUAAAUCAGUACGCACAAUCGCCAUCCUCUCAAACGCAGGCUCAGUCGCAAUCGAUCUACGCGGCACAGAGUCAGGGUAAUCAGUACGGCGGAGGAGCGCCCGGUAACAAUCAGUAUUCGAAUCCCAACGUGACCGGAUCCGUCGUGGUCGUGGGUCAGAAUCCGAAUCAGUACGCGUCUGCCGGUCAGAACAGCUUUUACGGGAACAACGGACAGGGUAGUAACGUGUACGGUAGCGGUGGUCAGGCUGGUCAGACCAGUCAGAGCAAUCAGUAUGCUGUGGUCGGCGGUCAGGGCACGCAAUACGGUGCCGGUGGCGGUAGCGGGCCUAGCAAUCAGUACGCGAGCAACAGUUCGAUCGUUCAGUACGCCGGCGGUCCACCUUCGGCGGCUAGCCAAUACGCUGCCGCUGCCGCUGCCGCCGUGGUAGCUCAACAACAAGGCCAGACGCAGUACGGUGUCGUGUCGCAACCGCAGCCACCGUCUUACGUUACCGGACAAGUGCAGGCUGUCGCCAACGCGAAUCCUUAUGGUACCCCCUCGAAUUCGGUGAACCAGUAUGCCAGCGGAGGACACCACGCGGUCGCCGCUAGCGCUUACGCUCCACCGCCGCCCCCCAUGGUACCAUUGGCGGCUGGUCCCGCUGCCCCACCUCCGCCUCCACCCCCACCCGCGCCUAACGCAAGCAAUGCCUCGAAUCUUUCCGCUUCUUCUUCUUCUUCUUCCGCCGUCGUAUCCUCGUCCCCUUCGCCCUCCGUAACCACGAACAACGAUCCACCGCAACCGGAUGCCAAUUCUCUCGCUGCGGCCCUGCAGGCUGCCAGGCUCAAGAAAAAGCAGCAGCAAACGCAGCCCGUGGAAAAUAGCGGUUCGAGUACCAGCAGUAGCGGAAGCGGAGGAGGCGGUGGCAAUUACGGGACGUUGGGAAGAGGCGGAGGUGGCGGUAUGGCUUCUAUGAUGGACGAGAUGGCGAAAACGCUCGCACGUAGACGCGCUGCCGUUGAGAAGAAGCAACCUGAACAACCACCGGAACCCGAAAGUUCACCGGACAAGAAGUCUUGGGACAAGAGCAGUUCGUCGAACAAUAAAUUUUCCAACGGAGCCGAAUCACCAAAGUCGGUUCGAAAAAGGUUUGGCUCCGCUUCCGAGGACACGCUUCUCAAAGUCAAUGGCGUUAACGACGGUUCCUCCUUGACGGCGCAAGAAAUGGAGGCGUUUAAAGCAGAGAUAAUUAAGGAAGUGCGCAAGGAGUUUCAAAAGAUGAAGCAAGAAAUAAUCGAUGCGGUAAGAACAGAACUGAGUAGAAGGUAAAAGACGACGAACGAAACUAAUCCGCACGACUAAAAGGAUCUACGAAGACGGGACGAGGAGGAGGCAGUGAAGGAGAGAGAGAGAGAGAGAGAGAGAGAGAGAAUGAGAGAGAGAGAGAGAGAGAGAGAGAGAGAGAGAGAGAGAGAGAGAGAGAGAAACGAAAGAUUUGAUUAGAUGAUAGCUCGAUCGAAGCAUUAUCGACAUUCACACAUACAGGUUUUUAUUACAUAUUUGCGAGAACGCAGUGUAGUUAUACCAUGUAUAUCGAUCAUUUGUGUGUAAGUACGUUAUCCUAGCUUAGUAUCUUAAGUGAUCGUACACCUUGGUUACCUAUUUCGACAAAAAAAAAAAAAAAAAAAAAUAAUCGCGAAAUGCCGUUGGAUCAAUUGAGCCGCACAAUCGUUCGUAAUUGCAUAUGAUUUUAGAAUUUUUAUACGCACAUGAGGGCGAUCUACGUGUAUCGUUGAGUUAAAUACCGCGUUAAAACGAACAAUUAUUCACGCACAGUACAUUCAACGUAAAUUACGUUAACAUUGACGUGCAAAUACUAAACUAAAACGUUCGUAACGUAUUUACAUAAUCACGAUCAGUUAUGUAUGUAUAAGCAAUAGUUUUUCAAGCAAAGGUUUUUAUUUUUAUCGACUUUUAACAUCGAGGAUAUAAUGAAAUUGAAGAUUAGCUCAAUUGACGCAACGCGACGACGAUUCAUUAUCAUAUAUUUUUUAAUCUCAUAUGAUCAAGUAGGAUUUUUAAAGCAUUUUGUAAUAACGUUAAGACAGAUAGAAUAACGGUCCCGUUAUAAAGGAUAAAUGUACAGAAUUCAUUCACCAACGUCGUGGCACAUUUUACUCCUUGACAUGAUUGAAGAGAGAGAAAGAAAGAGAGAGAGAGAGCGAGAGAGAGAGAGAGAGAGAGAGAGAGAGAGAGAGAGAGAGAGAGAGAGAGAGAGAGAGAGAUAGAGAGCAUUUAGUUUCAUCUAGAUUUUCGCGUAAGUUUUGAAUGAAUCCAAUUGCAAAAAUACGUAUCUACGUCAGGACGAUACAUUCCAAACGCGAACAGAAGAUCGAAGCGAAGCACUCUUUUGUUUGUCGUUUUUUAUCUUUUUUAUUUUUCUAAUCAUCAUCAUCAUCAUCAUCAUCGUCGUCAUCGUCAUCGUCGUCAUCGUCAUCGUCAUCAUCAUCAUCAUCAUCAUUAUUAUUAUUAUUACUACUACUUCUUUUUUCUUUUUUAUAAAUUCAUAAAGCAUCGCGACACGGCCACGACUUUGGACAAUCAGAUUCGCAAUAUUUCCUACGUCUCAAACGCGAAUACAACGUAAAAUAAAUGCGUUAUUAUAAUAAUAAUAAUAAUAGAGAUGCUAGAACAGUGCUUUGCGCUUGUAACAUUGAUAAGAAUUUUCUUACGUUAUUUUUCAAAUAAUCUAUGCCGAGUCGUUUGGUAUAAGUAAUUUUUUGUUUAUUUUUUUGUUCUUUUUUUUUGUUUUUAUACACCGAUACGUUACAUUGUACACUGCGUGUCCUCGACGAUGGCAUUACCCAUCGGCUAUUGUAAAGGUGAUAAAAAGAAAAAAUUGUAAAAUGUUAAUGUAACAAGUCGCAUGAAAAACACAAAACGAUAACGUACCUUUUACACGCGUAUGUGUGUAUAUACGCUGAAUUAACACACACGCUCGCAUACACCACGUACACGAUCGUUCGAACAGUUUUACCAUUUCUCUAUUUCAGUCAUCAUCGGAUUAGCCGCAUUCGUAAAAGUUUUGUUUUUUUUUAUAUAUAUAUAUAAAGUGGCACGAUGACUUAACCCAAUCGAGAUUUUACCGAGCUAAAACUCUUUAUCCGAUUUAUCGACCUACAUAUAAAUACAUAAAUAACGAUAACACAUAUUCCAUUUGCCAGGUGCAUCCAAGAAAUUCCAUUUUAUACGAACGGUCAUAAAACUCGAUCAUCCAUAUAUUCUACGAUGAUAUCGCGUUGAAAGUCGCGAUGGGUUUUCCUUUUAAAGGCUGACGAGAAGACAGGAAUAAGUUUCGCGCAUACGUAAAACGAUUUCUCCUUUUCGAGGCUUCGCGCCGUGAAUUAUAACUAAUUAUAAUCUUCUCGUACGUAUUAUUGAUAAGUACUCAAAAUAAUCUAAGAAAUUCGAAAUUUUUCGAAUGUAUACCGGUUCGUCGAAACGAUUUCUAGUCUGUCGUCGGAAUGAAAAAAUAAUUUGAGAGAGAAAGCGAGAGAGCGAGAGUGUGUGUGAGAGAGAGAGAAAGAGAGAAAGAGAGAGAGAGAGAGAGAGAGAGAGAGAGAGGCGGCAUUAUCAUUUUUUUCUUCGGUGUUUCAAACGUGCCGAAAAUAUCGAUGGAAGAGUCAAGAAAGAAGAAAAACAAAAACGAAAGAAAAGGAACAACGUAGAAAUAGAAAGAAGAGGAAAAGAAUGAAAAUUACGAACGAACAAUGGAAGACAAAAAUAAUUAUCAGCGAUCGCCCGUGGCAAUGCAUUUUCUUUUUUAUAAGGAUAAUCGCGACGUCCUCUUAUAAUUUUAUAUAUAUCUCUUUUUUAUAUAUUUUAUAUAUAUACACAUACACGCACACACGUAUACACACAUAUCGAUACGACAUCGAUGAUACUAACGCUACUUUUCGUAACGCACCAUUAGAACGGCUAAGCUUUUUUAAACAUUUUCGAUUCGACUUUUCAUAGAAAUGAGAGAUGAAAAGUCGUAUUAAUUUUUAAUUUUUUUCUUCUCAUUGAGAAGAAACGAAUGAUUAAUAAUAGAAACGGUGAGAUAGAGAUAGAGAGACGGAGAGACGGUGAUACGCGGAGAAGGGAGGGGGAUAAAAAGCGUAACUAAGGAAAGGAGAAAGCAAAAUUGAAAGAAGAAAAAAAAAGAAAAGAAAAGGUCGCGCGUGUGUGAACACGUGAUAUGCAAUUGAUACGCAAUUAUUAAAAUAUGCAAUUAGAUACGCGCCAGGCACGCGUACGUACGUUAUUGUACACGGAUCGGUAUUUUUUAUCUAUAUAUUUUUUUAAAGUAAUUUCUACUAUCGUUUUCUUACCUUUGUAAAUAUAAAUUAUCAUCGCGCAUGGUUCUUCCAACAUAAUAUAUAUUUAUUUUUUACUUUCUUUACGGUAAACGUAGAGAGAGAGGGAGAGGAGGCGGGAUGGAGUGAGAGGGAGAGGGAAAGGAAGAGAGAAGGAGAGAGCAUGUUUAUUGUACGUAAGCGAACGAAAGACGGAGUUAGUGAGACGCACGUUGCUGAAGUCAAAGGAAGGUCUCUAUCUUCUUUAUGCAUAUAUAUAUAUAUAUAUAUAUAUAUAUAUAUAUAUAUAAAUACAUACAUACAUACAUACAUACGUAUACAUACGUGCAUAGCAUAUGUAAUUUUGUUCUUUUCUUUUUCAAUUACAAUCAUCUUUUUCUAAAUUUUUACUCGAGCUCGCUUUCUUCUUUAUCGCAUAACACGAGUACACACACGCAUGAUACAAGACCCUAAGAGGAACAAAUACGAAGGACAUGGGCACACACGCAUACAUACAUUAUGCACGCAUGCCAUUCCAAUUCGAUUAUUCGACGUUCCUGACUCGCACUCAGGGGAGAAUUCUUUAAAGUUCAUAGGACUAAUUGCAAUAUCUGUUAUCUCUUGAUUAUUAAGGAAAGGGAGGAGAGACACUCUUUCUCUCUCUAUCUCGUCAUUUAUCUUUUUUAUAUUCUUUGUGAAGGACGCUCUCGAACGUAGGAGAGACAUUCGCAUUCUUAUGUCUCGAGUAUGGUGUUCCUUUUUCUUUGUACUAUUUUUUUCUCUGUUCUCUUUCCCCACCCCUAUCUCUCCAUUUUUUCUUUCGUCUAGUAGUAAUAGUAAUAACAACAACAACAACAAUAAUAAUUGUUAUAAUAACAGUAAUGAUAUAAUAAUAAAAAUAAUAAUAACAAGAAUAAUAAUUAUAAUAUUAUAAUAAUAAUAAUAAUAAUAAUAAUAAUAAUAAUAAUAAUAAUAAUAAUAAUAAUAAUAAUAGUUACUCACGCUUUUUUGGAGGUUCAUCCCUUGAUCGGAGUUAUUACUCGAGAGAGAGAGAGAGAGAGAGAGAGAGUGACAGAGAAAAAAAAACUACCAAGUACCUAAAGCAUUCAUUGUUGUCGUUUCGUAGGAGUGCAUAAGAAAAUAAAAAAGAAAGAAGGGGAAAAAAUAUAAUGACGCAAGUUCCUCCAAGGAUCUACCGAUUUCUCGUACGGACGUUCGGGACUAUUACGCGUUGUGAAAUAAUUAAUUAAUCAUCGAGUUUCGAUGAUUCGAAUCGAGUUUUCAUAUGGCGGAACGCGUCGUAAGAAAUCGCGAGAACGGGAGGGAUGGUUCCUUGAUGCCUUUGCAAUAGUUUUUCGAAUAGUGCUCGGUAUAUUCACUGAAACGCAUUAUAUCAUAGAUAUUAAGUGUGACCGUUAUAAAAGGGUUAAAACUUUGUAUAAACAUUUAACGAGUAAAGGAAAACAUGCAAGAAAGAAAGAAGAAAAAAUGAACAAAGAAAUAAAUAAAGAAAGAAAAGGAGCAACGUGCGCACGCUUUUUAAGAAUGUAGAAUACUUCUCACCGAAGUAGAAUCGUGUUGUUUCGCAGUAAGAAACUUGGAGGGGCGAAGAAGCAUAGGGGAGGGGGAAAUAUGAAGAAAAAAAGAGAGAGAGAGAGAGAAAAUAAAUAAAUAAAUAAAUUCGAUUAAAGAAAGAGAAAUUUUGGUUGGUAUCAUCGAACUCGUUCGGUAACAGAUUGCUUUUGAUUUUUUCUUUUCUUCUUCUUUUUUUCAUUUUCCUUUUCCUUCUUCUCUUUUUAUUUUCUCUUUUAUUUUUCUCCUGACGUUCGAGAUCGUGAACGAAGAAUUCGAAACGGCGAUCGUGCCUCGUUACUUCCGACCUUGAUAACCGACGAUAAACGAAGCUGUCAAAUAUACAUAUAUAUAUAUGUAUGUAUGUAUGUAUGUGUAUAUGUAUGUAUGCAUGUAUGUAUGUAUUUGCGUGUGCGUUGUACCCUAAAAUGAAUCGUCGAAACUAUCGGUGAUAGUAGUAUCGGCAUACGCGCGAUCGGGAUCUCGAUCUAAUACUUUUAUCUAAAAGCUUUAAAUCUGGAUCGACUUGGCCUGAAGUAGAACAACGAUCCUUGUAUAAUAAUCGCAACGAGACACGAUCGUUCGACCUUUGUUCGAAAAGUUGCGAUAAUAUGUUACAUCUUAACUAUAUAGAAAAUGAAAGCAAGCAAGAGAGAGAGAGAGAGAGAGAGAGAGAGAAAGAGAAAGUUAGAAUACGGGAAAGAAUGAAAGUGUGACGAGUAAAAGAGAGAGAGAAAGAAUGCGAGUGAACGUGCGAAUGAAAGAGAGAGGGUCGAAUUAAAAAGAAACGGCUGUUUGUAAUGUGCUCUUCGGAAAGCGGCGAUCUCUUUUCCUUUUUUUUUUUAGCGGGAUCUUAUCGUCGAAAGAAGGAAAUAAAAGGAAGUUGAAGAAAAAAGAAAAAUACAAAAAAUAAGAGAGAAAAUUGCUGCAAAUCUGUUACGCGAAUAAAACAGCUGCGGCACUCGCAAUUACCUUUUUUAGUAUUAGAAUGCAUUUAUAUAUACACACGGAUACACAUACACAUACACACACAUGCAUACGUACAUACAUGUGUAUAUAUAUAUAUGUGUAUGUAUGUAUGUAUGCAUAUAUAUGAUAGAUACUAUAAUUUUACUAUGGUAGUCCUAACGAGAGUAUUAAGAGUGUUUGUUAUAAUUAAAAAAUUAUUUAAGGAUCGAGCGAGAUGUACGAGAGAGGUCAAAAUAAAACUAAAAAGAUAUAAAAAAAAAAAAAUAUAAGAAAAAGAAACAGAAAAAAUAUUAAAGAAUGAGAGAAAGAAAGGAAUAAGAACGAGGAGAGAUGAUAAUAGGCGUACGCGUCCGUGAUGAAUAUAAUCGAUGAGAGAAACGAGGAGAGAAAAAAAGAUAUAGUAACCGAGGCCAUUUAUAAACACUGUGUAUUGUAAUUACUGUGCUACCAUUGAAAUAUAUAAAGGAUUAAGAACCAGACGCUUUUUCGGACGCUCGCGAUCGUCGACGCGAACAGAAGGAAGAAAGAACUAAUCCCCUCAUUUUUCUGACGCCGUCGUCCAAGUUUACCUUUUCCCCGUGAAUCCGGUUUUUUAUAUUUCUAGAAGAUAUCUAAUGAUUUUGUAUAUAAUCGAUUCGUGCAACUAACUAUAUAAUAACCUUUGUCGUCGAUCGCGAGCGUUUUGUUUCAUCAAGAAAUUCGUAUAAAUACUUAUUCUUAAGCGGAGGAAGCAUUUAAAGAAGGAAAAAAGAAAGAAAGGGAAAAAAAAAUAAUAAUAAUAAAUAUAAUAAUAAUAAUAAUAAUAAGUUUUACUUAUGUGAUGAUCAAAGAUUAACUUGUUAAGCGUUUAUACAUUAAGCCAAAUGGGGGAUACGACUUUGCUCGGAAGAGAAAAUCAACGUCUUUUUGAAAAUUCGAUAAACGAGAUGAACGAAUGAGAGUGGAAAAAAAGAAUGAAAAAAGAAAAGAAAAAGAGAAUAGUCCUUAAGUUUUAUGUCUCUCUUUCUCUGCCGGAGCAAUAUCGAUCCCACGAUGAUAGAAAGCAGAUUCCAACGUAUGGAAUUCGCUCUUCGACAUAAAAUCCGAAAUUUUGCGUCGAGUCAGGAUACAUAUAUAAUAAGAAAGUCACUUCAGAAAAUCGUUGCACAUCGAGACGUAUCGUUGUACUCUCUCUCUCUCUCUCUCUUUCUCUCUCUCUCUCUCUCUCUCUCUCUCUCUCUCCUAAACAUUUUUUAAAUAAGACUACUGGUGAUAUGAUACAUUGUUCUCAAUUAACUUUUAAACAAACUAUACGUUUACGUAAAACUCCAAUGAUCGACUGCCAAAAAAAAAAAAGAAGAAAAAAGAAAAGAAAAAAAAAUAUAGAAGAAAACUCGUUCGAACGGUUCUUUUCUGCACGAAUACGAGCGAUUGUAAACGAUAUCGUCGAACUUAACUAAGGAUAAUUGUUAUUAACGAAGAGGACGAAGAUGAAGAGGAGAACGAGAACGAGGACGAGGACGAUGAGAGAAGAAGGAAGAAAGGAAGAGAAAAGGUUCUCACAACUAUACAAUAAUUUAUAGAAUACGAGAGGCUGGCUAAUUUAAAUAAGCCAACGUGCUUACGAAAAAGUGCGAUUAUUAUAAUCCAUUUGGACUCGUCGCGCUUGUUUCUUCCGUGAACAAACAAACGUUAAUCCUCGAUCAGAUAAAUCCCCGAUAUCCUUUCAUCAACGAUAUACAACUUAUAUUCCUACGGAUCACCGGCAACGUCCACCAUCGGCAAUUGGUGAGACCGUAUUCCUAUUCGUUGUUGAUCCGUAUGUUGACAGGAUUAUCAUUAUCAUUAUCAUUAUCAUUAUUAUUAUUAUCAUUAUUAUUAUUAUUAUUAUUAUUAUUAUCAUUAUUAUUAUUAUUACUAUUAUUAUUAUUAUUAUUAUUAUUAUUAUUAUAAAAGUAAUAAGAGACAGGAAGCUUCAUUUUAUAACGUAUCACGUAUUAUUAACGAAAGACGGGGGCCGAAUCGAAGCGGAGUUCGACGAUGAGGAAGAAAAAAAAAGAAAAUUAAAAAAGGGGGGAAAGCUUGGGGGAAGGGAGGAAGGGUGAACAAAAUGGGAGUUUUAUGUAUUCGAAGAGAGAAGGAGGGAGGGGGGUUGAACAAAUUUGUAUCAAACGCCGUUUAACCGUGCUGGUUAAAGCGGUAAGAGAGGAGAGAGAAAAAAGAAAAAGAAUUUAAAAAAAAAAAAAAUAAAAGAACAAGAAAUGGCGCGAAUUAAAGCGAGCACUGAAUAUCGGCGACUACUUCGUUUCUUAAGACGUAUCUUGAAAAUAUUUGUAUGUAAAUGAAUGACAAAAUAAUAAAAAGUAUACGCUGUAAA